AUCUCAUGCUACUGUACGUGCUUCUGUUUAUAUAUUACGGUGCCGCCUCGGCCAUUUGUUGCCCCCUCACGGUUUGUGUUGUCUACGCCCCUCUUCCAUCCAUCUCAGAAACGGAAAGCGAUAAAGCUGUAAUACUCUGUGUGAGUGUGUGAGAAAGAGAUCGAGAGAGUGUGUGGUAUAUGGAAUGGAGGCGAACAACGUCAUCGCGCCGUUCAUUAUGAAGACUUAUCAGAUGGUCGACGACCCGGCGACAGACACCCUGAUCAGCUGGGGGAGAGCCAAUAACAGCUUCAUCGUCACCGACCCCUUAGACUUUUCGCGGGGGAUCUUACCUGCGUAUUUCAAGCACAACAACUUCUCCAGCUUUGUUCGUCAGCUCAACACAUAUGGGUUCAGAAAGGUGGAUCCUGAUAGAUGGGAAUUCGCGAACGAGUGGUUUCUUCGAGGCCAGAAACACUUGUUGAGGAACAUCGUGCGGAAAAAGCACAGUCGGCAAGGGAAAUACGAGGAGCUAGACGAGGAAGAGAUGGUGAUGGAGAUAGCAAGGUUGAAGGAGGAGCAGCAGGCCUUGGAGGAAGAGCUGCAGGGGAUGAACAAGCGCUUGGAGGCCACCGAGAGACGGCCGCAGCAAAUGAUGGCGUUCCUGUCAAAAGUUGUGGAAGACCCAGAUAUCCUUCCUCGCAUGAUGCUCCAAAAAGAGCACACGAGGCGGCUCGCCGGCGAGAAGAAGCGGCGGCUGAUGCUACCCUCGGCGUCGUCGUCUUCGUCGAUGAAGACUGAGGACGAAGAGCAGAGAACUGUAGGGGUGAAUUCGUCGUCGCCGGAGACUGGAUUUGAAAUCGAUAACUUUCGUGAACAGUCUUCGCCGGAGACACCAAGGCCCGGGUGGGUGAGCCAACGGCCGGUGAUGGGUCGGCCUCAGAUUGCGCAACAGCCCUUUGGUUACUCCGCCAUUGAUAGCUCGUCUCUGCUGGUGUCAUCGGACUACACCGGAAUCGGAAAUGGUAUGGCGAUGUCGCCGCCUGAAAGUGCCUUUUCGUUGUAUGGGAAUAGUACUAGUGGUGGGCAAAUAAGCUAUUUCACAGAAAUGGCGGCGAGUUCACCCCUGCCUUAUCCCUUUUCUUUGUUAGGAGGCGGCUUUUAACUUAGGGUAUUAGUUGCUUCACAUGAUUUAUAUUGGAUUUUGUCUUUUGUAUUAA